AUGCGUGGCCUCCUGGAGAGCAGCUGGCGCCGCUUCGGCCCGGCGGGGCGCGGCUCCUACGACUGGGUGACCCCGGCGCCCUCUGCACGUGAGCAACAGGGCUUCAACUGGAAUGACUUGGGCGACGACAGAAAAUACGAGCUGCUUGUGUACGUGGUCCUGCCGGCGGUGGCGUUCCUGCUGCUGGUGCCGCUGGCGGUGUCCGUCUGCCGCCGCUGCCGGGCCUCGGCCUCCCAGCUGGGAUUGACCAAGGUGAUCGCGCUGGACCCGCAGGAUGCGGAAUUGCUGUCGUCGUUGAGCCGCGGCGCCGAGCGCCACGCCAGCACCAGCUCCACGGGCUCGGACGGGGUCUUCGUCAUGGUCUACCUGCCGCCGCCCUACGAGGAAACCCUCAGCAAGAUCACCCGGGCCGCCAGCCUCGGCAGCUCCAAGGACGCAGAGUCCAUCAAGAUCGAGGAUCUGGAGGCCAAGCUUUGCCCGGAGAUCAGGUCCAGCGGUCGCUACGUGUGA